AAUGUUUGUAGUAGGAAAGAAACAUGGACGCUUCCACGAAAGCUUGUCUCUUGUUAGCUCUCUCUGAGCACAGAAAGCUCAUGAACAGGUACAUGCUCCACAUCAAUGAAGAGUUGGAAGAACAAAAAAAGCGCACAAGGAUAGCGACAGCUGCUAUACUCCGCUCACCACAAAGAGUGACCCUGAAGACUGGGCCCAAAUGGGAAGUCAUGCCGAACAUGGAUGACGACACUUUUUUUCAUCCUUUCAGAGUCACCAAAAGACAGUUUGAUUUUCUCCUGAUGGUUCUGCAGCAGCAUGGACUGAAACGACAAAAAGCCAGAGGUCAGCCAACAGUACCUGUAAGGAUGAAGGUCUUAAUGUUUCUGUGGUACAUGGCAAACCAGAACGGAUUCAGAGACAUCUCGGACAAAUUUGAUGUCUCGGAAUCAACGGCACAUAAGUCUGUUUUGGAAGUGCUUGCUAUUUUUUCCACUCUAGGGCCAUCCUUCAUCUCCUGGCCAAACCCUGGGAGAAAAAAAAACACCUCGGCUGCAUUCCAGAAGCUCUGUGGCCUUAGCGGAAUCAUUGGUGUGAUCGAUGGGUGCCAUAUCAAGAUAAAUCGACCAAACAUAAGAGGGGGAGACUACAUGAACAGACAGUCAUAUUAUUCUGUCCUCCUUCAGGGGAUUGUUGACGAGAAAGGACGAUUUAUUGACAUAUUUGUUGGCCCACCAGGCAGAGUUGAUGAUGCCAGAAUGUUGAGGGCCUCCGACUUUUAUACAACCUGGCAGGAAAAAAUGGGUGAAUACAAUUUGCUUGGAGACAGCGCCUACACCGGGCAUGCUGACCCAUUUAUCAUCACUCCGAAGACUGAUAAUGGGGCCCUGAGUGAAGAAGACCAGCUCCAAAACUCCAAAAUCAGCUCAGGGAGGGUAGUUAUAGACCAAGCGUUUGCAAAAAUGAAGUGUAAAUGGAGGCGAGUGAGAGACCUGCAAAACACCCGCCUUGAAAACGUGGUGAUGAUUAUAAUGGCAGCCUGUUUCCUCCACAACAUGUGUAUAGGUGACAAUGAAGCAUGUGAGGAGCACCCACAAGGCUGUCCAAGACAGGCAGAUGAGAAUGUUUAGGCUGGGUUUACAGUUUAUGGACAAUACAAUUAAAAGUAUACUUAUGUAAAUGUGUUGUCUAUGGAGUAACAUGUUAGAUUCAUUAAUUUCCCUUGCUUCAGUGAAGUUUGAACCAUAGGUGUAACUUCAGUACACCAACCUGAAAAAACCUACCUGAGUUACUAUGACAACAUAUACUUUCAGUCAAUUCUGCUCCCAUUGUCCAGUUGGGUUUAAAGCUUUAGCUGGAUGAAUUCUGUUGGCCAGUCCUUGUGUUUUUAGUUCUCAGGAACAAUUGUUCCACCAUAUUGUAUGUGUAUAUAGUGCAAGUGGGUGUGUAAUGAAACAAAGUGCUGUUUUUAAUAAAGUAAAAAUGCUUCUUC